AUUCCCGGGCUAUAAACAACGCCGUACGUGAAUAAACGAUUCACCCACUUACGUUAAUUUACUAAGUGGCAUAAGCCACAUUGACAGAUAGUUGCUUAAAUGCUGUGAUAGAAUACAACUAUUUUUUUUUCCUUCAGCUAGCUUUUACUUAGCAAACGCCCCGUCACGAUUUUAACCUGCAAGUAAAUCCCCCAUUAUUUGUUAUUGUCAAUACAAGUUAAAUAGCUGGCAUAGCGAUGCUACGUUAGGGCAGCUGAGAGAACUAUUCGAUCCAAGGAUUUAAAGUAAUGAAAUGGGGUUUGGGGAAUCCUAGGAAUUUCACAGAAUUAAACGUUGUUGACGUAAAAUUUGCGCGCAAAACUUGCCACUGUUUUCCCAUUGAAUAUGUCGUGACAGUUAUUCCCUCAUCCAUUAUUCAAAGCCGCUAUAUCCGGAUUCUGUAACAGUGGUGAAUGAAACGGUAUAUGCUCCUCCUCGUCCCGCAUCUAUAGAUGAAGUUUAAAAGAAAAAGAAGAUUGGUGUCUCUGUCUGAUCACCUAGAAUAAUACAAAGCAUCACAAAAACACAAGUACUGUGGCCUCAUGUGGUACCAUGGCAACGCGUUCAAAACAUCGAGAAAGUAGGGCCUCAGCCUAAAGCAUUACAUUUACAGUGUACCAAAGCAAGAAAAGUAUGCCUAACAUGAAUUGGCAAGAUAAUGAAAUUCGAUUCGAUGUGAGUGCAAGUUUGCUCAAUAUGGUUCCAGGCGAAUGUGUCCUCGAGCGAGUGGAACUCGUGGAAGACACAAAAGCAAAUAGCGGUGAACCUGGUUGCCUGGUUAUGACAAAUCUCAGACUUUUAUGGUAUUCCCAUAAAACUGCGAAACUAAACCUCACCAUUGGAUACAAUACUCUGGUUACUGUUACUUCUCAACCGUCCAAGAAUAAAUCAAAAAGGACUACAGCCGAUACCUUACAUCUUUUAACCAAAAUAGGGAACGACAAAUUCGAAUUCUUAUUCACGCCAUUAAACGAUAAUAAGCGGGAUUUUUCUACAAUCUUAAACGAAAUCCAUAAAAGCUAUUGCGUAUCCAAACCUUUUCGCGAGCUGCGGUUACGGCAUCACAUCAUCCACGCAAACCAACUCAAAGUAAUGCCGCUGGAACACAUCUGCAACAGGAUCGACGGAGUAUGGAACCUGGCAAACAAUCAAGGAAAUUUAGGUUGUUUCGUUAUCACAAACGUUCGUGUCGUUUGGUUUGCCAGUCUCAACGAAUACUUUAACAUUUCGCUACCGUACCUGCAGAUCGCACAGUUUAGCCUGCGGGAUUCGAAAUUUGGUCAAGUACUUGUCGUAGAAUCACUGGAUAAUAGCGGAGGAGGAUACGUUUUAGGUUUCCGCAUCGAUCCGGCAAGUAGACUCAAGCAAAUAAUCCAAGAGCUUCGGUCGCUGCAUGUCACGCAGAAUCGGAAUCCUGAAUUUGGCGUUGUUUGGAAAUCAACUUUAGAGGAUCAAAAGGAAGCUUCUAUGCCUUUACCGCAUAAAGAUGAGAAGCAAGACCAAGGUGUGCGCUGCUUCGCCAAUUACUUGCAACCCGACUGCUUCAAUUCUGGUGGCCAUCCACCUGAAUUUGACAAAAGUAUCGGACUUGCUAUGGAGAAGUUGCCAAAAGGAGUCAACCGAAAUUCCCUGUGGCAAAUAACUUUUUAAAUACGGACUUUCAAACUGUAAUAAAAUAUCCCUUUUACUGAACUGAGUUCUGCUUACGUUUGGUGGAAUCGGAAAAUAAACAAUCAGUAUUCCA